UCGAAAAAGUCUAGAAAUUCCUCUGGGUCCCUAGGGAUUCUUUUGGUCUCAAUUCUUAAUCCCUGUAAUUUCAAUUCUCUCAUUUCUUGACUGCACAGAGAUCUCUGUCUGUCAACUCGAUCUGUUCCUCUACAGGUAACUCUGAAGCUCUUUAAUUUAUUGUUUGAAAUCGUACUCUGUCUGGACAUUUAUAAAUGGGGAGUGUUGUGACCUGGGUGGCAUUUUUGCUUGUGUAUAAAUGGAGAUAGAAGACGUGAAUAUGACAGAGGUGGUGGAACAAAUCCUAACAACUCUGCCUCCCAAAACUUUGAUGCGAUUCAAGUGCGUUUCUAAAAGGUGGCAUUCUCUCAUCACCAAUCCCAGGUUCGUAGCUAAGCACUUGUCCAUUUCCAAGCACAACAAUCGCUCUACUCCUUCCGUCCUUUUGAAGCGUUUAGUCCACAAGGACAAUAACACUGAUAGUGAGACUCAAGCGGUAUUCUCAUUGCUUAAAUUUCGCAAUGAUAUUGAUGGUGGUGGCGAAGGGCAUAGCUUUCUUUCUGGGGUAGAGGAGAUUGACAUUCCUUCUUCUAUGAGUCUAGAGACCAGAGGCUCAUCACUUCAUAUUAUAGGCCAUUGUAAUGAGAUCAUCUGUCUAGUUCCAGCUGUUUCUGGUGAGGUGAUUUUAUGGAACCCAGCAAUUCAUGAAUUUAAGCCUCUUCCCCCUCAGCCAUACCUUCCCAAUUCCCCAGAAAUAAUUGGUACCAGGCCGGGUUGGCCUAAAGAUGUUCCCUACAGUAUACAUCUAGAGUACAUGGAUAGUUUGGGAUUUGGCUAUGAUCCUAGGUCUAAUGACUACAAAGUUGUUAACAUUGGAUAUCCUUGUCUAGAAAGAUCUCUUGAUGGAUAUCGUAUUAAUUUUCCCCUGAAAACAGCUGUAUAUACCUUGAGUACCGAUUCUUGGAGAGAGAUGAAGACUUUUUCUUUGGAAACACAAUCUACCAUCCUUUUCCCUGACCGCUUCCAGAUGUACUUCAAGGGAAUGUGUUAUUGGUCUGGACUUGAGCUGCAUAAGGAAGUACAUUUGUUUGACGCGAUGGAAGAGGAAUCCAUUAGGAACAUUAUCAUUUUGUUCGAUAUGGGUGACGAGGUAUUUCAUGAUAUGCUGUUACCGGGUAGUCUAUCUGAUCCAUUUGAGGUACCUUUUAAUAUGCACCUUCUAGUGUGGAAUGAAUCCAUUGCUCUCGUUGGAUUGCAAAGUGAUAAUUCACCGUAUGGUGUAUCUUUUGGAAUAUGGGUGAGAGAUGAAUUUGAUGGUCCUAAGAGCCCUUGGACUAAACACAUAUGUUUCGAGCUCACUGAAAAGCCGUUGGGAUUUUUGAAUAGCGAUGAGAUUCUUAUGGAGGUGACAAAGGACACAAGUGGACGUAUAUUCUCAUAUAACCUUAGUACCAAAACUCUCAAGUAUCUUCCCAUUGAUGGCGUGCAAAAUGAUUCUGCAGCUAUUGUCUAUGGGAAUUACAGUAUAGUUUCAAUCUUGGGAGGCAACAAGCUGGAGAACACAGAUAAUUCUACAAAUGCUGGCUUUUCUCUGUUCAAGUACUCUUUUCCACCUAGUCAUUCAAUGGUAGACAAUGAAUGGCACUCGUAUUCAGUAUGGGCCAUACCACCGAAUGACGUGUCUCUCAAGAUAAAGAAGGUGAUGAAGGCUCUUAGGUUGGAGUUUGGUGGGCCGGAGAUUGAGCCCCAUAUCACCGUUGUGGGGUCUAUUCGAAUGACACAUGAGAACGUGCUUAACGAGUUCAGAUCUCUUCAGUCUUGUGUUACUUCCGGGUACAAAGCUAAAGUUAACCAAGUGGUUAUUAGGAGUUUCUAUUACCAAUGUGUUUCGCUCCUCAUUGAUUCCUCCGUUUUUUCCGAUGAUGAGUCCUUUAAGAUACAUAGAGCAGCUGAAGCCUGUGGUAGAUGUUUUGGUUUCCACAACGCUGUAUAUACCUUGAGUACCGAUUCUUGGAGAGAGAUGAAGACUUUUUCUUUGGAAACACAAUCUACCAUCCUUUUCCCUGACCGCUUCCAGAUGUACUUCAAGGGAAUGUGUUAUUGGUCUGGACUUGAGCUGCAUAAGGAAGUACAUUUGUUUGACGCGAUGGAAGAGGAAUCCAUUAGGAACAUUAUCAUUUUGUUCGAUAUGGGUGACGAGGUAUUUCAUGAUAUGCUGUUACCGGGUAGUCUAUCUGAUCCAUUUGAGGUACCUUUUAAUAUGCACCUUCUAGUGUGGAAUGAAUCCAUUGCUCUCGUUGGAUUGCAAAGUGAUAAUUCACCGUAUGGUGUAUCUUUUGGAAUAUGGGUGAGAGAUGAAUUUGAUGGUCCUAAGAGCCCUUGGACUAAACACAUAUGUUUCGAGCUCACUGAAAAGCCGUUGGGAUUUUUGAAUAGCGAUGAGAUUCUUAUGGAGGUGACAAAGGACACAAGUGGACGUAUAUUCUCAUAUAACCUUAGUACCAAAACUCUCAAGUAUCUUCCCAUUGAUGGCGUGCAAAAUGAUUCUGCAGCUAUUGUCUAUGGGAAUUACAGUAUAGUUUCAAUCUUGGGAGGCAACAAGCUGGAGAACACAGAUAAUUCUACAAAUGCUGGCUUUUCUCUGUUCAAGUACUCUUUUCCACCUAGUCAUUCAAUGGUAGACAAUGAAUGGCACUCGUAUUCAGUAUGGGCCAUACCACCGAAUGACGUGUCUCUCAAGAUAAAGAAGGUGAUGAAGGCUCUUAGGUUGGAGUUUGGUGGGCCGGAGAUUGAGCCCCAUAUCACCGUUGUGGGGUCUAUUCGAAUGACACAUGAGAACGUGCUUAACGAGUUCAGAUCUCUUCAGUCUUGUGUUACUUCCGGGUACAAAGCUAAAGUUAACCAAGUGGUUAUUAGGAGUUUCUAUUACCAAUGUGUUUCGCUCCUCAUUGAUUCCUCCGUUUUUUCCGAUGAUGAGUCCUUUAAGAUACAUAGAGCAGCUGAAGCCUGUGGUAGAUGUUUUGGUUUCCACAACGCCAACUUCCCACAUGCAUUCUCGACACCACAAGCCUUGUAUAGACACGUGUCCCACCACUUCUCUACCACCUCCACUGUCGCUGUACUCAUCCUCCUCAUUGGCGCCGACGAUCUCACUCUCCAGAAUCCACUCGUGGAUAAGAAACAAAGCCUCCUGCUGCUGCUGCGCCUUCACCGCCCUACCUUCUCCUCCCUCGUCCAUCGUCCAGGUCCAGGUCUGCUGGGAUUGCAUGCUUUCAGGCCCACCCAACUGCAACAACUUCGGAUCUGCCGACAUCAUGCCCCUCCGGCCUCUUCGCAUUCACCGCCGGCAGCUCCAUCUCCGUCCUCUGGUUCGAUGUCGACACCAACAACAACUCCCGCCGCGCCAUCCAGGACCUCUGCUGGGUCUAGGCCCGACCCGAUUCCUUCCCUCGCCGCCAUCUCCAGAUUCUCCUCCCUCUUCCUCUACGCCUCCUCCACUGGCCGCUGCUUCUGGAAAUAGGAGUGAUCCGUUCAGCAGUGAUCCGUCGAUUCUAACCAUUUAUGCUUCGUCGGAAUCAAAGGCUUCUUGCUCUCUGUCAUCGUUUUAUGCGAGAGAGAGAGAGAGAGAGAGAGAGAGAGAGAGAGAGAGAGAGAGAGAGAGAGAGAGAGAGAGAGAGAGAGAGAGAGAGAGAGAGAGAGAGAGUCUGAGAGGAGUGUAAUUUAUUAAUUAAAAUGAGGGCAAAACUGUCAAUAGAAGUUAGAUUGGGUAAAUGAGGUUAAAAAACUCUUAGUGGAGUAAGUGAUCAAUUUUUAUGUUGAAAUUGGGUAAGUGGUCACGCCCCUUAUAAAUAAUCUUCUUGCUAUCUACUUGAAAGUUCUUUUCCAUACUUUAGAGCUGAGAUGUGGUUAUAAUUUGAACUCAGGGGAUGAUACUCUGAUGGCCCAUGGCUUCUUGUAGUUAUAGUAAUAAUUUUUUUUGGUU